UGAAGGCGCAACAUACGUUUUUCGGUCGUCGACGGAACGCCGGUUUGACCAAAUGUCGUGACGACGUCCACUAGACAAAGAGGCACGCCCCUUUUGUCUGUCGUUCGCGUGAAACCAGUUCUCGCGAUAUUUGUGAGUAGUGGCGUUGUUCUCGCUUACCGACGACGAGACUCGCUGUCUGGAAAUUAGUCUCGUGGGUUCGACACUACAACAUUUCCAUUAGUAUUUGUUCAUCUCCCCGAUAGACGCGUUAGUUGUUUAACAUUUCAAAGCGCACCUCUGUUAAUUUACAGAAUCAAGCUGGAGAAUGGCUGCCGCUGAGGUGAACGGUAGUUCUGCCCUGCUGAAAGAGGAAGAAGAACCCAUGGAUGUGACAGGACCCCUCGCGGAGAACUACCAGACACUCAUUAAUACUGGACUCCCACAGAAUGUUUGUGAAAAUCUAGAGAACAUCUUCCAGACAGGCUUGGUGUCGCAUGACGAAUUGGACGAGAGGGCCAUCGACGCUCUACGGGAGUUCAGCGAGGAGGGAGCGCUCGCUGUGCUGCAGCAGUUCAGAGAGAGUGAUCUGUCUCAUGUACAGAAUAAGAGCGCUUUCCUUUGUGGAGUGAUGAAAACUUAUCGACAGAGAGAGAAGCAAGGUAGCAAAGUUCAAGAGUCCACGAAAGGGCCAGAUGAGACAAAAAUAAAGGCUCUUUUGGAGCAGACAGGAUACACUUUGGAUGUCACCACAGGCCAGAGGAAAUACGGGGGCCCCCCACCUGAGAAGGUGUUCAACGGAAUUCAACCAGGGAUUGGGACAGAGGUGUUUGUGGGAAAGAUCCCGAGGGACUUGUACGAAGAUGAGCUGGUUCCGCUCUUUGAGUCCGCCGGGCUCAUCUGGGACCUCCGGUUAAUGAUGGACCCGCUUUCUGGUCAGAAUCGAGGUUACGCCUUCAUCACAUUCUGCAAUAAGGACGACGCACAAAAGGCUGUCAAGCUCUGUGAUAACUAUGAAAUCCGCCCUGGCAAGUACUUGGGAGUGUGCGUAUCCGUUGCCAACAAUCGGCUCUUCGUUGGCUCUAUCCCAAAGAACAAGACUCGAGAAAGUAUCUUGGAAGACUUUGGCAAAGUUACAGAGGGUCUCCAAGAAGUGAUCUUGUACCACCAGCCGGACGACAAGAAGAAGAACCGAGGCUUUUGUUUCCUGGAGUACGAGGACCACAAGUCUGCCGCGCAAGCCCGCCGCCGCCUCAUGAGCGGCAAGGUCAAAGUGUGGGGGAAUCCGGUAACGGUGGAGUGGGCUGACCCGGUCGCCGAGCCCGACCCUGAAGUCAUGGCGAAGGUCAAGGUGCUCUUUGUAAGGAAGCUGGCCAACGCGGUGACCGAAGAGCUCCUUGAAAACACCUUCUCUCAGUUUGGCAAGCUGGAGCGAGUGAAGAAAUUGAAAGACUACGCUUUUGUUCACUUUGAGGAAAGGGACGCUGCUGUCAAGGCUAUGGACGAGAUGAACGGGAAGGAGCUCGGCGGGGAAGAAAUCGAGAUAGUCUUGGCCAAACCUCCAGAUAAGAAGAGGAAAGAGCGCCAAGCAGCUCGGCAGACCUCCAGGACUGCCGGGUAUGACGACUACUACUACUACCCACCUCCGCGCAUGCCGCCACCAGGCCGUGGCAGAAGUCGCGGUGGGCGCGGGGGCUACUCGUACCCGUCAGAUUACUAUGGCUACGAAGACUAUUACGAUGACUACUAUGGCUACGACUAUCAUGACUACCGCGGAGGCUACGAAGACCCUUACUAUGGCUACGAGGACAUGUACAGCGGCAGGGGGCGCAGCAGCCGUCCCGGCAGGGCCGGGCCCCCUCUCCCCAGGGCCCGCGGCGCGCCGCCGACCCGAGGCAGGGCGGGGGGCUACUCCCCGAGAGGGCCGCCCCUCGGAGCGCCAAGGGGCAGCCGAGGAGGCCGGGGGACCCCGUUCCAGCCGCAGAGGGGCCGCGGCCCGCGCGGGGCCCGCGGCAACCGCGGGGGGAACGUCGGAGGCAAGCGGAAGGCGGAUGUCUUUAACCAACCCGACUCCAAGCGCCGCCAGACCACCAACCAGCAGAACUGGGGGUCCCAGCCCAUCGCCCAGCAGCCCUUGCCUCAAGGGGCCGACUAUUCCGGUAACUAUGGUUACAGUCAUGACACCAUGGAGUUUUCACAGGAUUCUUAUGGGCAGCAGUGGAAGUAAAGACACCACAAGAUCUUGGCUAGGUGACAAGUGGCACCGACCCCAAAAUUGAUUGGCUAGAUUUGUCGAUUGACUUUUUAUGACCCCUCCUUAAUUACAAAUCUGUCUGUCGUUCAAGAAAACAAGCCCACAGAAUUGGCUUUGAAUGCUUACAGGCACUUGGAAAAGCUGAAGAAUGAACCUCAGUUGUGGUGAAUAUUACAAAAAGGAAAAAAAAAACACCCAAAAAAGCAUUCAGUCAUGUAUAUUGUUACUUUUUCUUCCUGAGGAACUAAAAACAACAAAAAAACCCCGCUAACUGAACAUUACCCAAAGUGGACAUUCAUUGUAAGUAGUCUGAGAAGACAUACGCAACAGAGACAUUGCCUUGCAGGACUUUGGUGUCCGUGUCCCUUCCCCUCUCUUGUACUCCCUUUAUUUGUGCUUCUCGUGGCAAAAAUACACUUGGCACGUAAGUGGCGCGACACAGCUCGAAAAAUUUUAAUUGACUGAAUUUAUGGAUGUGAAUGUGACAUGACACAGCGGAGUUGUUAGCCGCACAAUCAUGUGCUCCUCCGGACCGCGAAGGGGCGCGCGCGCGCGCGCGUGUGUGUGUGCAUGUGUUCCC